AUGGGUAGUCAGAAAAGGAAAUAUGAAGAUUCAGAGAGCCAGGAAAACUGUUUAAAUAUCACCCGCCAUUCCUCUCAACCCAAAUCCAGAUUCUAUCACGAAUUCAUCAACUCCAAUUCAUGCUCUCGUUACGACAUUUCCCAAAUCCAGCUCGAAUCACAACAAGUUGAAGAUGAGGAGGAGGAGGAGGAGGAGGAGGAGGAGGAGCAGGAGGAGCAUGAGCAGGACAGCUCUGAAUGCACACAGAUUGUGUGUUAUUAUGAGGAGUUGUUGCAGGUGGAGUACGAGGCAGCCGAAGCAAAGUUGGAAAGUUUUGUGAAGUUGCGGCAGCAAUACUCUGUUGAUCAAAUGGUGGAAGAGCACUGGUCAGCAAUGAAAGAAUACAUGGAUGAUGCUUAUAUGGACUUGCUGCUGCUUGAAGAUGAUAUCAUUGAAAGUGAAGGCCUUUUAACUCUCUCUCACCAACACAAGCUCUGCCAGAUCAAUGAAGAGAAACAAGAGUUGAGAAAAGAGCAGGAUUUGACACUCAUGAGACUCAGAGUUGUACAAGACAUCAAGAAAAGAAGAGAACGAGACAUUCUCUCUGUCUCAGCACACUUAAAUCGAGAUGCCCACAGAUGCAGAUUGCUUAGAAAUAUGUAG